AUGGAGACGACCAAUUGUGACAAAGAAGAAAAUGACAAAAAUUGUCACCAAAAUACGAUAGAAGAAAAUGAUAAAGCGAAAAAAUUCGACAGUUUGCGUGAAACAAAGCAAAAUCUUCAACAAAGCUUAGAUCAACUUAAAAGCAUAUAUCACUAUAUGAAUUAUUACCAAGCUAAGCAAACAUAUGAAAUUAAAACUCAAGAUUAUACCAAACUCCACGCAGUUUAUAAUGAACUUACAAAAAAUCACGAUCAAUUGAUUGAAGAACACGAAGAGCUUAAAAUCAACGUGAGAAGACUCGCCAUAGAAUUACAGAACAAGGAAGAAAUAUGGGAACAAAACAACAAAAACAAUCAGGAAAUAAUCAAUAAUCUGAAUGAGAAGGUUGGAUUUCUGAGUCAAGAGGUUGAAUCGUUUAAAUCGGAAGCAACUCAAUAUCAAUCCGCUUUCGGGGAUGUAAUUAAUGUAAUGAAUGUUCGUUGGGACAAUGAAAAUCCGAAUAAUCCUGUUAACCUUGCAAAAGAUAUUUUUAAACUUCAAGAAGUGUUGUACGGUCUCACUUUUCUCAAGGGAAAAGCGUAUGUUAUCGACGAACAUGAGAUCCAAUUAUUAUUUAAUAGAUUGAAAACUCAAACUAGCAUAAAACAUAAACCUUCAGUCAGUGCAGCCUUGCAACGUUUAACGAUCAAAAAAAUCAUAAACGAAUACGAUGAAUAUUUUAAUAGAAGGCGUUUUCCAUAUAAUUCCCCCAAUAACGAAACUCUCGAAAGAAGGCUUGUUAUGUGUGUAAAUCAAUUAACUGAUGUGGUUAAGGAAUUUAACAGCAUUCGAGAAGCAAAUGAUAUCACUGACAUCAAAAUCCGUCAAGAAAUCUACGCUAUGUUGGGGAAUAGAGGUUUCGGAGAUAAAGGACAUCCAUUUCUAAAUGAUUCAAAAAAGGCACUCCUUAAAAUGUGGGAAAAGUUUCGAUUAAUCCCCAAUAGUACCAUAUCUAAAGAGCAAGAAGAUCGUGUAGAAGAAAUUAUACUUGGUGUUAUCCGUAUUUUCAAUUUUCGUCUUUUAACUCAAGAGCCAAUCGCUACUUUUCGGUGGUUCGAGAAUGGAGAUCCAUUGGAUGAAACUUUGAUGGAAUGGGUUUCAACAGGUGAGGAUGAAACGAAAAUGGUUGUCGAUAUUUGCGCAUUUCCAGCAAUCGGAAUUUACCUCGUUGAUCCUACAAAAUGCCAAGUUUACACCAAAGCAAAAGUACAAAUAUGCAACAUUCCAAACGUCCCCCAAGAAAGACAGUUGAUCCCUAUAAAAAGAGUUUUGAGUUUUAAACAAUUGUACAACAAUUUCAAAUAA